CGCCUCGGCAACAACGCACCCAACACAUAUCAGCGACCGCGUCCACGCCCAUAAUAUCCGCGCUUCCCCGUCGAAAUCCGUCGCGCUCUGCUAUCUCCCUAAUGCAAAUCUUUCCGCCCGCGUCGAAAUGCCUCCCACACGACCUCACCCUUUCCCGACCGUACCGAGCAAGCCGAAGCGCACACACAUCGACGCCACGAGAACACGAGCGGCCUACUCUACGGUCUGACUUGGCAGUCUCCUAGUCCGAGCCGAACCCCAAGUCGAUCGAAACGCGCGAGCUAGUCAUACUCGGAUACACAAGCGCCAACGAAGUCAUGGCUAGCGCUACACAAAACCAACAAGCCGUGGAGACACCAGCCUCGAUAGAGAACCAGAAGCGGUGGCGCGAUCUAAACGCACGGUUGCACCGGGAUGGCUACGCCGACAUCCUGUCUUCGCUCCCAUCCCAUAGAGAGCUGAGGAUCGGUUUGCAUCCUGUCUUGAAGCUUCCAAUUUUCCACUUCGGCACGCUCGGCAGUCGACGCGUCUACGUCGUUUCCAGCUAUGGCACCAUCACCCACCUUAGCACGGGCGACACAGCGGGGCAGGUGUAUCUCCCGGUGGAAGGCGAUCCGUUUUCGAUUGAGAUCAGGCCGCCGUUCUCGUCGCUUAAAGAUCAUGGUAUGGGCGCGUCGUUGCUGAAGGAAGAGCUUCUGGCCAUGGUGCGGUAUUAUUUCUUGUCAUGGGCGCCUGUGUCUGCGAUGCGGAACGCGCUUGGAGUCAUGCAAACUCCGGAUUACUCUUUCCUGCUCAAUGCGUUGAACAUACUUGCGGAGGCUCAGCGUUUGCCCAUACCGCCCUCGAAGGAGGAUCAACUCACGAAAAGCAAUAUCUGUACUGAGAGGGAUGAUGUACCCAGCUGUAUACCACCUAAUGAUCCUACAAGCGACCGCGUCCGGGGGCUGAGCAACGCCAAUGCGCUAGCGCAUAUUCGAGAUGUACAUCAUGAUACGACUACGAAGAAAACUAAUGAUACGGCGACAGAGCAGAGUUCUACAGCAUCGUCUAUCGUAAAAGCCAUAGAAGUAUCUUCCCCGGGACCAGUUGAGGCCAUUAACGGCGACUUUCAGAAGCUCGCCGAGCCAAAGCACCCGCCGAGCGCUACCAAGAAGCAAGAAGUUAUCGUUCACGAUAAGAGACCCGAAGCACCCGAGGAGCGCAAUGCGAACGACGCAACAGAGACCGUCCUGCCAGACCCAGGUCCGCCCGAAACAGCGACCAAGGAAUCGUCUAGCGAAAAUGCUGGUUCCGCAUCUACAGGAGCUAAGAUAGGUGUCAAUGAGGGCACCAAGACGAUUCCAGGCCGGCAACAAGGCGAUAGCGCUGUUAGUAGCGAAAUUACUACCAAAAUCUCACUCCCUAAGACAGACACCGCGCUCCAAACUCUCCGCUCGCAGAUCGGCAUGGACCGACUAUCCGUCCUCCCCGACUUAUCCACCCUCAAAUUCGACGAAGUCCGAGACCUCCCCGACUACCUCCCAUUAAUCCUCCGCAUAGGAACUCUCCACGACGCCCCCGAAACCAUAGAAGUUUGGGCUUUCCUUAAACCGGGCGAAGGCGGCUCAUCCAUCGAGUUCACCGCUUACGACGAACAGCAGCGAGAAGUCGACUGGUUCGAGCUCCCCGACCUGGCGGUGUGGUCAUACUUCUUGGCCGCUAUUAUGCUGGAGCAACCAUUCGCCAGCAUGCAAGAUGAAGAGCAGUUCACGGCCCUUGUGAAGUAUUACUUUUUGCUCGCUGCGGAGAAAAGACUUUUUGGUUUUGGGGACGCGGGUCAUAAGAUUGGUGUCGAUUGGACGCUUCGAGACGGUUUGAUUGAUGCUUGUGAGAGUGUAGGUGGGGAGUCCGAGAUCAAGAAGAUGAAGAAGUCGCGGGUUCAUACGAGAGGGAUAGCGAAGGUUGUCAAGAUCUCCACAAAGCGAAGUUACGAUAAAGUUCCCACAAAGCGAAGUCACGAUAAAAUUCCGCCCAGUUCUGGAUCUGACGGCGAGGGCGAGACGCCUUCACGCGCUCCUGAUAGGAGACGUCAGACUGCAGGGCACGCGACGAAGAAACCGCGAUCAUCUGUCUCAGACGGUACAGGUGCCUCUAGCAAACAAGGCUCGGGUAUGAAUAAGAACCCGCGCUCAUCGCUGUCCAAACCUGACGCCGCAACUUCAACGCCUAUGAGCUCGGCCGGACGCGGCAAGAAUCGAUCACCCCAAAAGCAGCGCCAGAUAAUCAAGCCUAUCCCAUUGAAAGGCUAUUCCGACUCGGAUACGGAGACAGACUCGAUCCCGCCGAAGGCCCCUCCUCAACCCACCGUCCCCCCAAAAGCUCCAGAACCAGUUCGAGACCUCCUUACUCCCGUACCCGCUGUCCUCUCCAACCCGCCCACCGAGAAGGAGCUCCAAGCGCUAGACCUCCGAUCACACCAAUUAGAUGACCACAUCGCCAGCCUCAGUCAGGACAUCGCAGUCUAUGCCGGCAAGGUGAAGCAAGCUAAGAAGAUGAUCCUGAAGCAACGGGGACUGGAUAAGCAGAUGGCAGAGUACUGGGAAGAUAGUAUUAAGGAGUAUGAAGGGAGGAUUGAGACGACGAGGGAGCGGGUGAUGGUGGCAAUGGAGGAGAAGAGAGAGUUGGAUGGCAGGAUUAGGAAGGUGUUGGAGGAGUGGCCGGGUUUGGCGGAUAAGAUUGUGCUGAGUAAAGUUUAGGGGAGUUGGUUUGAUUGUAAACGGAUUGUAUAGUCCUUGCAGCGAAUAGGAACGCGGGGUAGGUAUUUCUGGUGGUUCCUUGUUUCAUUAUGUUGCGACUUGCUCACACUCGCGUUCGGGCGGAGCUCUUGACCGUUGGCAUUGAGUUACUCUAUAGCUUAACGUUGGCACCGAGCGCAAAUGAGUGACAGACCAGCCUAUGCCAUAUCUUGUGACGAGCCUUACUGACCGUAGGCUACUCACAUGGAGUAUCAACGGCGUGCCAAGUAGAGGGGAUCGUGCAGGUGCAUACAUCCUCCGCACUAGGCUUAUUUGGGUAGUCCAUCG